AUGUUACUCGAUCACCCGCCACCGCUUCCGCCACCAGGCUAUGGCACGCCGCCGCCGCCGCCACCACCACCACCCACAGGGUAUGGCACGCCACCGCCUUCUCCCUCUCCAACGACGCACGUCACGGUCAUCGUCAUCGUCGUCCCGAUCGUCGGCGUCAUAUGCCUCGGGCUUCUAGCCGCCCUGCUGUUCGUCUUCUGUAGGAGGCGCCGGCGCCGGCGGUGCCCGGAGGUGGUGGAGGAGGCCAAGGUGGACGACGAGGUGGAGGACGUGGAGGUCGUUGUCACGGAGCACGUCCGCAUCGUGGAGGGCGUCGUCGGUGAGGCCGCCGGCGAGGUCGUCGAGGCGUCCAAGCAGGCCGGAGGCGCGUACACCUGCUGCGAAGGCGGCGGCGGCGGUGUUGUGGCUGUGGAGGAGGCCCUGGCGGCGGGGGUCGUCGUCCAGGACGACGUUAAGGUGGAGGAGCACGUCGUCAGGUUCACCGAGGAGUCGAAGCGGGAGCGAGAGUGA